UCCAGGCUGCGGGAGCCAGGGACGACCGAGGGCUCCCAGAGCGCGAAGUCGCUAUCCUCGGCGGUGGAGAGCUCGUGCCAAAACGUCCUCCCCUGCGCCAGUCAGGCCUUCGCGGGGCUGGCAGGCGGGCGGGGGCGGGGCCGCCGCACUUUAAGAGGCUGUGCAUGCAGACAGGCCUCCAGGCCCGCUAGGGGAUCCGCGCCAUGGAGGCCGCCCGGGACUAUGCAGGAGCCCUCAUCAGGCCCCUGACAUUUAUGGGAUCACAGACUAAGCGAAUCCUGCUCACCCCGCUCAUGCAUCCAGCUCGCCCUUUCCGGGUCUCCAACCAUGACAGGAGCAGCCGGCGUGGGGUGAUGGCAAGCAGCCUGCAGGAGCUCAUCAGCAAGACUCUGGAUGCCCUCGUCAUCGCCACCGGACUGGUCACUCUGGUGCUGGAGGAAGAUGGCACCGUGGUGGACACAGAAGAGUUCUUUCAGACCUUGGGAGACAACACGCAUUUCAUGAUCUUGGAAAAAGGACAGAAGUGGAUGCCGGGCAGCCAGCACGUCCCCACUUGCUCGCCGCCGAAGAGGUCAGGAAUAGCGAGAGUCACCUUCGACUUGUACAGGCUGAACCCCAAGGACUUCAUCGGCUGCCUUAACGUGAAGGCCACUAUGUAUGAGAUGUACUCCGUGUCCUACGACAUCCGGUGCACGGGACUCAAGGGCCUGCUGAGAAGUCUGCUGCGGUUCCUGUCCUACUCCGCCCAGGUGACGGGACACUUUCUCAUCUAUCUGGGCACGUACAUGCUCCGGGUGCUGGAUGACAAGGAAGAGCGGCCAUCCCUCCGGUCACAAGCCAAGGGCCGGUUCACGUGUGGAUAGGGAUGCAGGCUGUCGCCGGCUCUUGAGCCAAACACUGUGUUUUGUUUGGCUCAAUGACGAAUGUUGAAGAUGCUUUCAUGUUCUGAGCCACAUGCACUUGUAGGCUGCUGGUCACGCUGCUCAGGAGCGGUGCCCAGAAAAGGAAAGGGCUUGGUGGUACAUGAAGUGGGGGCAGUGGGCAGGGUGCCCUGGGGGGAGGCAUAGAGGGCCCCGGGGGUCAUGGGAAGCGACCACGCAGCAGGCGUGCCCAGGAGCGUGUGCAUGUGUCAGAGCCAUUUGGUCCAUCAUCUCCUGCAAUAAACCCAUCGCAAGAAUGACCUUCAAGAUGUGUGACACUUCCUGCGUCUCCUUUAUCUCUCAGAAGAGCGAAAAGCAAACAAAACAAAACAAACAAAACUAUCAGAACAGCAAAAAAAAAAAAAAAAAAAAAAAAAACUUUAUAUAGAAGCAAAACUCAUCCAGGAAUAUUCUGCUAACAGAUAUAAUCUCUCAUAAGUCUUUAUUAGUGCCACAAAAAUAACAAGCUGCAAAAUGUUAUUGUAUGUUUUUUUCAAACAUGGAUUUUUAACAGGCUCAAAGGGGCCCUCACACUGAAGGACUCAAAUUGUGGAGGUCUUCCAGGACUUUUACUUUUUCACUUGUGAAAGUGAAAGGACUUUACUUUUUCAGCCUCUUUUUUCUUUUUCUUCCUUUUUUUUUUUUUUGAGACAGGGUCUAGCUCUGUCACCCAGGCUGUAGUACAGCGGCCUGAUCUCGGCUCACUGCCACCUCGACCUCCCUGGGCUCAAGCCAUCCUCCCACCUCAGCCUCCUGAGUAGCUGAGAUUACAAGUGCACACCACCACGCCUAGUUUUUUUUAUUUUUGUAGAGAUGGGGUCUUGCUAUGUUGCUCAGACUGGUCUCAAACUCCUAGACUCAAGCAAUCCUCCUACCUGGGCCUCCCAAAGUUCUGAGAUUACAAACGUGAGCCACCACACCCGGCCCAGCCUUUUUCUUAAAAACCAAAAAACAACUGCUGCACCCUCAGCUGCAGAUGCUGCCUGCAGCCAGGUGGGGCACUGCGUUGCCAAGGUGGAGCUGUGCCUCAUGCUGGCUCAGCUGCGAGGAACCUCCUGUCCGUGGCUGGGAUCUCUAGCUGCAGGCACAGCUGGACGAAGGCAAUCAGACAACAUUGUAAGAAUCUGUCUCCCACUCUCUUGGAUCUGAUUCCCUGCAGGGAGGGGGGACCCCCUCAAGUGGAAGCAAGUGCAGACCUCAGGCCCUGCAGCAGGAAUCUCUGGGCUACACCUUGUCCCCUCAUUGGAUGUCCUGGGUUACACCUCAUGCUGCAGACACAGCAGCUGGUGGCUCUGCCAGGCUGGGCCACACACUGAGUCCUGGAGCCACCCCAAAGAGAAAUAGGGUGCUGUUCCUAGAAUCAGGGGGAACAGAUGCUAGAAGAAAAAUAUUUCCUGAUUAAGAAAUGAUGCCUCGGAGGCCUUUUCCUUCCCUAGCCACCAACUCUGGCCACAGAAAGACACCACAGUGUGUCCCGGAACCCUAGAGGAAGAAAAACUCUCCCCUCCCCUACCCCCUUCCCGGGGCUCCCAGCUGCUGCUCAGCCGUUCCCGGCAGGGACGGUCCUCCCUUCACAGACAGUUUGCAGUCCCCUUUGAGAGGCCCUGUGACCGGCGCUGAGUCCUGGGCUCUCACUGUGUCUGAGCCAGUUCUUGGAGAAGCUGGGCCAGGCCCCACAGCAGGACAGACAAAAGGAAAGGAGGUGGUGUUCCUCAAAGCACAGGCUCUUCUUUCACACUGCGAAAAAAACAGGCACUUUCAGUAUUAUCCCUUCUUGCCUUCCAGAAUGAGCUGCGCUGCUGGUAGAGCGAGGGUUACAAAGAGUGUUCAGGCACAGG